AUGGGUGACCUGCAUCUGGUCGGGACGGAGCACCAGGCGGACGCAGUAUAUGCAUUACAGAGGAGUAAACAGAGGGCGCGUUUCCACAAGUUCAAGGAGAUGUUACAGUUGCCUGUGGUCGAUCUAGAAGUGCUUCGAAAGCUAUCAUGGUCAGGUAUUCCCACUGCGAUCCGCCCCAUUGUAUGGCAGCUGUUGGUUGGCUACCUUCCUUGUAAUUCUGACCGGCGGAAUGUGGCAUUGGAGCGGAAACGCAAGGAGUAUCAGGACGGAGUGCAACAGACCUUCGCAAGAGGAAUUGAAGGCCUUGAUCAGACGAUUUGGCACCAGGUCUUUAUUGAUGUUCCCAGGACUAACCCAAAGAUGGCUCUGUUUCAGAACCAAGCAACGCAACGGUGCCUUGAAAGAAUCCUUUACUGCUGGGCCAUCCGACAUCCUGCCAGCAGUUACGUCCAGGGUAUUAAUGAUCUCGUAACACCUUUCUUCCUUGUGUUCCUCACGGCAUAUAUCAAUGAGGAUCAGGACCCAGAAUCAUACGAUAUUUCCCUGUUGCCGCCAGAAAUCUUGGCAGCAAUCGAGGCGGAUAGUUACUGGUGUCUCACAAAACUUUUGGAUGGAAUCCAGGACAACUACACUCACGCACAGCCAGGCAUUCAACGACAAAUCAUCAAGUUGCGGGAGCUGAUCUGCAGAAUCGAUGCGCCGCUGGCGGCCCAUCUUCAGUCUGAGCAUGUUGAGUUCAUUCAGUUCUCGUUCAGAUGGAUGAACUGUCUGUUGAUGCGAGAAGUGACCCUGCAGCAUACGAUUCGCAUAUGGGAUACAUAUCUGACGGAACAUCCGCAUGGCUUCUCAGAAUUCCACCUCUAUGUGUGCGCCGCAUUUUUGACGAAAUGGUCUGCAGAGCUGCAGCGGAUGGAGUUCCAAGAGAUCAUGUUGUUUCUGCAAGAUGUACCAACGGAUGACUGGCAGGAGAAGGAUAUCGAGCUCUUGCUUUCCGAAGCCUUCAUGUGGAAGUCACUCUUCCACGCCUCCCCCAUGCAUCUUGGCGGGUCAAAAUAG